AGAACAUCUGGACAUCACGAUAUCUAUCCAAUCACACAUCAAAAAACAUGUCGCAAAGCAACACGAACUCAUUACCGGAGACGACGACGGCCAAGUCGCCAGCCACGCAGACUCCGGACAAGGACUUCUACACAUGGUCCACCUUCUUCUCCAUUCUCACCGGAGGCGCAACACCCCAGGAAAGAGAAGCCUACUUCGACAUCAAAGAUGAGAUCAACGAGGAGCGCGAUAUCCAACGUGCAGAGAAGGACAGGAAAUGGUUGCUGGAAUACUCGCCCAUAGUACGCUUCAUGCGACACAACAUCAACCUGCUCGGUCAUGACUUGAACGAGUCCAACAUGCGUGUUAAGCGCUGCACUACACAACAGAGCGGAGGCUUCGAUCCAGAAUUUGGCAUCUUGUUGUGCGCAAACAAGUUCAGAAACAGAGGUCACAUGGAGGAUACAAUGGCACACGAGAUGGUCCACGCAUACGACCACUUGAGGUUCAAGUUGGAUCCUUUGGACCUCAGACAUGCUGCUUGUAUGGAGAUCCGUGCUUCAACACUAUCAGGAGAAUGCCGCUUCGGUCGCGAGUUCUUCACCCGUGGCCAGUGGAACAUCACACAACAACUGCAAGAAUGCGUACGAAGGAGAGCCACUCUCUCAGUCGCCAACAGGCCCAGCUGCAAAGACCAGGCCCACGCUGCCAGAGUCGUCGACGAAGUCUGGGAUAGCUGUUUCAACGACACCAGACCCUUUGACGAAAUCUACAAGUAAAGAAAAAACAACAUGCUUUGUAGUAAUCCCUUCUUGUCUGACUGCCACAUUUCUCCUUGUCUUGCCUCAUUAUCUUCUCUCUCCUCUAUACCACUUGCAUAGCAUCGGCGUUCUCAAUCUCCAGCAAUUCCAAAUGUAUCAAAACAACCGCAUGAACACAGCUCAUCAUGCUUCCUCAUAUACUUUUGUACUUUUACCGCUUCAAUCCACUUGAACCCCUCAUGACCAGCAUUCUUCGCAGAUCGGUCGAAUAAUGCGUGGUGAAGCUGUGUAAAUCUGGAGUCACAAGGCGUGUGGAUCUACUGUUGUGCGACUUCUCGCAGGUACAUG